CUGUUGUUGCUGCCGCCGCCGCCGCCAGGCCGCGCCCCGCCCCUGCCGCUCCCCGGUGAGGCUCGCGCUCGACCUGCGGCGCCGGCCCCGCCGCCUGGGCCCCGGGCCCGGCCCCUUCCGCGCCGCCCGGGCGAUGAGAAGCUGCUUCUGCGUGAGACGGAGCCGGGACCCGCCGCCGCCGCAGCCGCCGCCACCGCCGCCCCAGCGGGGAACAGAGCAAUCCGCCAUGCCUGAAGUCAAAGACCUUUCAGAAGCCUUGCCAGAGACGUCAAUGGAUCCCAUCACGGGAGUGGGGGUGGUGGCUUCUCGGAACCGAGCCCCGACAGGCUACGACGUAGUUGCACAGACAGCAGAUGGUGUGGAUGCUGACCUCUGGAAAGACGGCUUAUUUAAAUCCAAGGUUACCAGAUACCUGUGUUUCACAAGAUCAUUUUCCAAAGAAAAUAGCCAUUUAGGGAACGUGUUAGUGGACAUGAAGCUCAUCGACAUCAAGGACACUCUGCCUGUCGGCUUCAUCCCAAUUCAGGAGACGGUAGACACACAGGAGGUGGCUUUUAGGAAGAAGAGGCUGUGCAUUAAAUUCAUCCCACGGGACUCAACUGAAGCUGCCAUUUGUGACAUUCGGAUCAUGGGCCGGACCAAGCAGGCCCCUCCUCAGUACACGUUCAUUGGGGAGUUGAACAGCAUGGGGAUCUGGUAUCGAAUGGGCAGAGUACCAAGAAAUCAUGACUCAUCUCAACCCACGACGCCUUCCCAGCCAUCAGCUGCCUCCACCCCAGCCCCCAGCCUUCCCAGGCACAUCUCUCUCACGCUCCCUGCUACCUUCCGAGGCAGGAACAGCACUCGGGCUGACUAUGGGUACCAGCACUCCAAUCUGUAUGCCAUAUCAGCAAUGGAUGGUGUGCCAUUUAUGAUUUCAGAGAAGUUUUCUUGUGUUCCAGAAAGUAUGCAGCCCUUUGAUCUCUUGGGAAUCACCAUCAAAUCUCUGGCAGAAAUUGAAAAAGAGUGGUAUCGCCAAGCAGCAGCCGCCACCCAGGCCACCAGGUCGCUUCCUGCAGCGGCCCAGGGCGUUCAUCAUAUAAACGAGGGAGCCAGGCUGAGCCAGAGCUGAUGUUUGGUGGACAGAAUUACCUGCCCUGGAUACUGUCAUGAGUUGUAUACCUGGGUCAUGCAGAACUGAGGUCAAGAUGAAUAUUCCGUCUUUUGAAGUCUAUCAUAAAAGGAUUUUUCUGUCAUUUUCUGUCCUUUUGGGAAGUUUGAAAGUAAUACCCCGCCCCCCGCCAGUUGAACUCUUAGAAGGUUGCCCGGCAUGUAGGUAAAAAAAUGACCAUAAGGAUAAAGAAUGGGUAGGGCACCUUCCCAGAUUCACCCAUGGCUUCUCCUUUUCCACUCAGAAAUCAGCGCCAGAAAGCGGCAUUGUUUUAAAUAUUUUCCGCAAAUAACCUAGGAGGGGGAAAUACAAAGAUCCAUUUUUAGGUGACAUUCAGCUGAAUUCUGACAUGCUGACUCACUGAGGGCUGAGCCCCCAUGGCUCUUUGCCAACAGAACCGGCGUUUAUUCAGCCACAAAGCCGUCCGUCAGCCCCCAGCCCUGCCCAGAGCCCCAUGCCGACACCAAUGGCUGGACCCACAGGUACCCGCUGGGCCCCCAGCCUUGCAGCCUGGGAGGGGCCAGGAGAAGUCAGCUUGUUAUUAAUCACGCAGCAGUCCUAGUGCCACCACAGAAUGUGCUUUCCCCCAUUUUCCUUAAAAUGCAUGGCCUUCUCUGUCUUUCAUCUUUCUACUUUUAAGAGUCAUGGGUGCAAGAAAUAUUUCACUUUCUUGCUUACUUUGUCCCCAUGUGCCCACACAAAAUGCACUCACAGGGAUAAAAUGGCAGUUGACACUCUGGUUGGGCAGUUCGUAGGGAAUGGUGGGGACUGUGGCAAACUGGAAAGCACGCCUCUCUCUAAAGGAAGCAGCCUUCAUUCACCUGUGUGAGGCUAAGGGUUGGGGUGCAAGAAUGAAGGUCCAAAAUUGCCAUAGACCCCUAUUUGUUUUAUAAAAUCUGGAAAAUGCUGGCAUUUUAUGCAAAGUCUCUUCAACUUUUCAAUGUUUAUAACUAUUUUAAACACCACACAGGCCACUAGUGUGUGAACCUCCAGCUUGCCCAUGUCUGUGCAUGGAGAUACAAACACAGAUCACAUGUCGACUCAUAAUUUCACCAUUCACAGGGGUGAUGUGGACAAGCCCUGGGGUCAGCACUUUGCCUCCAUGAGUUAAAUACCACAGAUUAGGGGCCAUCACACCAUCACGCUUAGAGGCUGUGGGAAUUCAGAGGACCCAGGGCUGGACCGACACACUGCUGCUUCCAAAGACUGAAGACCAGAAUGACCUGCCCCCUGCCUGAGAACUGAGUCCCUAGGCUAGCUGUCUUCUCUCCUUUGCAUUGAGCUGUCCCCAAAGCCUGAUCUGUCCCUUCACUCACCUCUCCAUCCACCUGUGUCUCCAUCCACUCAUUCAUCUACCCAUUCACCUCCCCCCUUCCCACAGCCUGUACCAUCCAUCCAUCCAUCAUUCAUUCAUUCAUUCAUUCAUUUAUUCAUCUAUUCUGGGCCACAGCCUCUACCAGCCUCUGAAGCUACAGAAAUGUCUGAGGCCCCAUCCCGACCCUGCACUUAAGGAGGAGAUGGAGAGUGAUGUGGGGCCCUGGAAGCUAGUGAUUAAUCCUCCCUGGAGGAGGACGAAUGUCCCAGAGGGAGUAGCAUUUGAAAAGGCACAGAGGUGUGGUGUUUGACAGGAAGAGGGAGGGGAGAUCUGAGAAGCCAUGUGUGGGGAAAGGUCUGUGCAGAAACCUUUGACGCCUCCCAGAGCAGGGGCUGGGGCUCCGCCCGGAUGGGGACAUAGGAGUCACUUCACCGCUCUUUGAUGCUCUGUCGGUUCCUAGGUGGAGGUGCUCCUGAGGGUGCCCUGAGAGUGGGGGGGCUCUCGCGGCACUGAGCCCAGGGCAGCAGGCCAUGUAGGGUGCUGGUGGGUGUCACCAUCCCCGCCCCCGGGAGUCCCUGGCUUAAAGCAGGAAAGGGGGAGGGGUGCUGAUGAGGGUUGAUGAGAAUGACCUGCGUGCCCCGGAGUCAAAAGAGGUACGGCCUGAAUCGGCAAGUGGUCCAUGCAUUUAUCCGGCAGCCAUGCCCUGUGCCCAUACAGACGUGGUGCCUGCUCCUGGAGCAGGUGGGUUGCGAGGGGUCCUUGUUCAACCCCUCAUUUAGGGUGAGGCUGAGCAGUGGGGCUGGGUGGGGCUCAGGGUCUCUGACUCUGGGGUUGCUGCUCUCGGGUCAGAGCUGAGCAGCCCAGCAGGAAAGCCAGAAGGGAAACACAGAAGAGGCUUCCUGCGAAGGUCGCACCGACCCCGCUGUGGGCUUGUUGUGGGACCCUCCUGCUUCCUGACCCCCGUGGCCUCGGUCAGGCCCCUCCCCUCUCUGAGCCCCGCUGUGCUCACGUGGGAAGGACAGCAGUACCAGCUUCACUGGGCGUGAGGAUUCUGUCCCCGACCCUGGCUUGGGACCCGGCGGCUCCUGCCCCUCCUGUCCCCUUAUUAGUGACCACAGGGCUCAUGGGCUGUAGUCCAGGAGCCCUGACCUCCAGGCCCAGCUGUGGGCUCUCAGCAAGUGAGGGGAUGAACAAGGCAUCUCCCCAGCUCGGGGGUAUUUCAGGACCCCCCCCCCCGCCAGGUCUGGGGGGCAGUCCUGGCCUCCCUUCAUCCCCCAGGCCCCAGUCUGCACGUGACAGCCCUUCUCUGGACAGAGCCCUUCUACGGGCUUAUCAGCCCUCCCAGUACACAGAGGAGGCCUGCGCCGUGGCACGUGAGGCCCCUUAGGGCCCACUCCUCACAAUGGCACCUGGCCCUUUCCUCUCCAGGGGUACCCGAGAUCCAGCAGCCAGGCUUCCAGAAACAGAUGGGAGGACACAGAGUCCUCGUGUGAGGAGAGGAAGCUUCCCGGAGCUGAAAUUCCCAGAGGGGCUGAACCCGGGGUGACACAGCAGGUGUCAUGGCCUGGCCCAUGGGGCCAGGACAGGUGCCAGAACAGGCUUGGGAAAGGCAGGCUGUGGGGACGGCCGGGGCCACUGCUCAGAACCUCACCCACUGCCCAUCUGCCCUGGGGACCUGCCGUGACUGUCACUCCAGCCCUGAGCCAGACUUCAAGUUGGCUGGUGUCUUGUUCCUUUACUUCCCCCUACCUGUCCUCACCUGGCCAGGGCCCUGAGGCCCAGCCUGGGCUCCUUCAGACCCGCUCUUGCCACAUCCUUCCAGGCCCUUCUGUGACUCCACCUGUCCCCCAUUUCGGAAUUCCAUCCGUAUUGAGAGGUGCAUGUAGACACUGGUCCUGAGGCUGGUUGCCCCACCAGCAGUGUGCCUGUCCCCGCCCCUGGCCUCACCCAGCCCUCGGGGACCUUGGGAAGUUUGAUCCUUCCCUGAGCCUCAGCUUCCACAUCUCAAAAUUCAGGUUCUAAAAACAAUCCCUUACUGCUGUUUCUUGUCUGGAGCCCUCUCGUAGAUUUGAUAGUUAACAAGACCCAGGGAGGGAAGGGUGGGAGGGUGUAUGCUUGCCUUUACUUCUUUCCCCUCUUAUUUUAUUUAGCAAAAGGUUUCAGGUCGUGGUUCUCUACCUGCUUAACCAUUAAAGUCCCUUGGAUGCUUUUAAGAAAUGCCAUGCCUGCCCUGCCCUCAACCCCACCCUGACCCCAGGCAGGCUCCAGGCAGCACUGGCUUUGGUUCAAACCCUUGAUUCUGAUGCACAUGGAGGACUGCUUUUUCACUCUCAAGAGUGGGUGGGGGGUUUGAUCACCUUCUGCCAUGAGGCUGGGGCUAGAGUGACUUGGCCUCCCCAGUGCAGCUGGAAACCAAGGUCGGCAUCACCACUGCCAGGAUGCUGGCCUCACCGUGACAAAAGGCUCUUGGAAUCUGGGAAUCGCGUGCUGUGUCUCGAGAGGUCUGAUACGUUGGUGGCAGGGUCUUCUGCCAGGGGCCCACCAUCCCCGGCCCAGGGAAGCCCCACAGAGCCCCUGACAGCGACAUCUCUUUCCUGGACUUCCUGCUGCUGUGAUAAUGGCCCAUGCCCACCAGAGGGCGCUGUGGCCAGGGCCGGGCGCCGCUCGGCUGGGCUCAGCUCUGCGAACCAAAAUGCUUUUUAAUUGAAAAUUUUUUUAAUUCAAAAAGGAUUUGCUGUUUGUACGCGAGUGCAGGUUUUCCUCAUGCAGGAGGCUAAUGUCCUGAGUCAACAGAUCCGGGCCCAAAUCCACCUUCAAAGGUACUCAGUGUUUGCCCAAGGGAGUGAAAGGGCUUCCAGAAGCGGCCCUAGUCUCUUGGGCAAACACUUUGGGGCCAGCAGUCCCAGGCAGAGGACAGCGUCUGUGGGAAGGGUUAUCCACGGCCUAAGGGGGAUUAUGACGGGGUACAUAUGUUGAAAUUUCAUUUGGGGAGUUAGAGAAAACAAGAGGUGCUUUUCUCCAGCCAAGAUAACCUACAAAGGGAAGAAUCUCAAGGGCAGGGGUGGGCGGACAGCAAUCUGUGCGGCGGGUCCCUGGCCCCCUCCUGGGGCGGCGGCGAACUUGGGCCGUGAGUCAGGAGGAGGCGACGUGUGUACUUCUGAUUCUCCCCCCGCCCCCGAGGGUGAGAGAAACAGGAGUUUAGCAGUUUGUCCUUGAAAACCCUUCUAUACCCCCCCUCCCGCAGUGACCGUGUCCCUACCCCUGGCCACAAAGACUGGCCUCCGACCCCCACCAGGGCCCUUCCACCCUGGCCUGCCCACCUGCGCCCCGUCGUCCCGCCCCCCACCCUGCCAUCGGGAGCGCCCUUGCCGGCCCACCCCGGCAGCGUCCAGGUCUGCGGCCCACUUCCGGGCCGGCUCUGGACGUCUGGGAGCGCGGGCUUCUGUCUCCCUCCACGCACUCUCUGUGGCCAGCCCCCAACUAACCAAGGCGUCCUCGCUGCCCUGGGCGUCCCCGCCACCCUGGGAGCCGGACACAGCAAACGCUCUGGAAGAGCAGAGGUGGCACAGCUCACAGCUGUCUCCCCAGCGCGUGACGGUGCCCCUGCAGGGCGCCUGGCGCUGGGCUCGCUCCCUCACCUCUGCUGCGGGCGGCCCCAGGUGGGCGUCUCCCAGGCAAGGCCUCAAAGCACCAAAGCGAGGCCCUCCCCACCCUCUCCCCCAGCCCCUCUUCAGCGACCCCUCAGCCCUGAUGCCUCUGGUCUCCUCUCUGCUCACUCCCAUCCACACCCGCUCCCACAUCUCACUGAUUGGGCCACGGAACCGACCCACAGCAUCAGGUCACCUGGGAGCUGGUUGACGAUGCAGAAUCUCAGGCCCCACCCCAGACCUACUGAGUCAGGACCUGCAUGUGUUAAAGGCUGAUCAGCCUGCUCUUAACAGCCUCUUCAGAGCUGGGUGCCACCCUCUCCCCACACCUGAGGAGAGACCACACUCGCCUGUCCAUGUCAGCACUGCUCUCUUGAACUUUUGCCCACCCAGAACUGCCCCCGCUAAGAUCACCAUGUGUUUUUAACUACCGUGCCCCCAGCCUGUGCAGCUCAGGCACUGCUGCCCUCCUCCCUGGCCCCUGGGUCCAUCGUCAGGGCUGGUUUCCUCCUCCCCUCUUGGCCCCAAGUGCCAGGCCCAUCUUCUUGUCUUCCGACCCUGGGUGCUUUUCUCGAAACAGCUCCACACCUGUAACUCCAGAUACCCUGCCCCCCGAGUGCUUCCACUUCCCAUCCCUUUAUUCCUGGUUCCAUAUGUCUCCAGCUGGGCUUGUGGCACCCCCUGGGUGCUGCUCAGGGACCACCCUCGGCCAUUGGCGGAAAUGCUCUUAUGCUUUCUCCCCCAAGCUGCUUUCGUCCUGUGUUUGCCAUUUGGGUUAAAGGCCCCGGUGUGCCCAUGUCCAUCCCCUGCCACUCUUGUAGGGCUCUCACCUGGCCCCAGCGCCCAGCACGGGGUCAGGGAAUGUGAUGGGUGCCGAUGGAGCCGUGAUGCGCCUGAGCAGCCACCAGGUGGCGGUAUUGUCCCAAACUUUGCCCGAAGGCCUGGUCCGGGGCUGCACUGCUCCUCCAUCCUCCUGGGAGCUGGAGUCCCCGGGCCAUGGUCAUUAGCAGGAAAGUGGGGCUACUUUGAUGGGCUCCCCCACGUAGCCAACAGAUGUGCAGCGAGUGCUUGCCUGGUGCUGGAGCAGGCGGGCCCUUAACCAGCCGCACCUCAUCCUGCCUUCACAGUAGGCCCCGGGAGUAGAGAUCAUCAAGCCACCUUUUUUAUCGAGGUAUAAUUGACAUAUAACAUUGUAUUAGUUGCGGGUGUACAACAUGUUUCAGUAUUUGUGUAUAUUGCAAAGCGAUCCUCAUAAUAAGUGGUUAAUAUCCCUCAUCAUACACAGUAACAAUUUUUUUACUUCUGACGAGAACUUUUAAGAUUUAGCAACUGUCAAAGAUGCAGUACAGUAUUAAUAACUGUAGUCACCAGGUUGUACAUUCCCUCCGCAUGGUGUAAUUAUUUGGUGACUAGAAGUUUGUGCCUUUUGACUCCCUUCACCCGUUUUGCGCACCCCACCCCACCGCUGCCUGUGGCAACCACCCAUCUGCUCUUUGCACGGUGAGCUUGGUUUUGUGGUUGCUAUUGUUGCUGUGUUUUAGAGUCCGCAUAUAAGUGAGAUCAGAUGGUGUUUGUCUUUCUCUGUCUGACUUAUUUCAUUUAGCAUAAUGCCCUCAAGGUCCAUCCGUGUUGUCACA